GGGUUGGCAUUUGUGCCCACAGUGUGUUUGCAUUUCAGGGACCAAAUCAUGAAUGAAAUCAAUUCAACAACAACACCAAGGACAACGAAAAUAUUUCAUAACCGUGAACCUCUUGUUAGUCGUGUUUGGGGAAACACAAUGAGGCCUCCUGAUCUGAAUGGGGCACUGCUGUGACCGUAGUAAAACUCGCGUUCGCGUCGCUCCCUGUCUAACAGUGCGAGGUCCUCUAGCUGUGUGGAAAUGCUAGUGGUAAGCUACUCCCGGCCAUGGCACCUGCUAGCUGCUCUGCUGUGUCUGUGUAGUUGGAUGACACUGACAGUGGAAGGACUGACUAUAACUGUGAAUAAUGGUCAGAACAGUAUAUCUGUUUCUAAUGACAACAUGACGAGGAUCAGUGUGUAUAUGACUUUGUGUUUGAGAGGUCAAGUAUUG